AUGGAAAGCAACUUUGACGCAGCCUUUGUUCCUUUUCCCAUCUUCACUACCGCUUCGUUACUCUACCGAAGGGCAACCUAUGCGGAAGCCAUAGCGUCUCUCGCCUAUCAACAAGCCAAACCGCCCAAUAGUCCAGUCCCAAACUACUGUGGCUGCAGUGAAAAUACGAUUCUACAUAGCAUCCGGAACAUGGCUCCUAUUGAGCUAUACCUUGGACGUGUCAUUUCCCAACUCAUGGCCUGUUGGAAGCUGGGAGGUUCGGACAUGCAUUACGGCUGGAGAUGGGUGAAAUUAAUCAUCCUAUGGAUUCUCUUCACCGUUCCUAUCCAGGACUUUCGUGAUGUUCCGGGUGAUUUGGCCGCCGGGCGUAGAACGACCCCAAUACUUCUGGGGGAUAUUCCGGGGGGCCAUAGCUUGAAGCAUCUACUACUUGCCGUUAGGGAGCUGGCAAGGGAAGGCUGA